CAUUCUCAAAUCUCAAUUCUCAUUUCUCAUUUCUCAAAACUUUCCCUUUUCUCUCUUGUCUCUGUAUCUCAAAUCUUAAAUUUAUUAUCAGCUUCUAUUCUUCAAGUCUUGAAGAUGCCUCCAGUCUUGCCGGAAUUCUCUAGCUCCGUGAGGCUCAAGUACGUGAAACUUGGCUAUCAGUACCUUGUGAACCACAUUCUCAUCUUCACUCUCAUACCCAUAAUGCUCGGAAUCAUGAUCGAGCUUCUUCGUUUAGGCCCUGACGAGAUUCUGAAACUCUGGAAUUCUCUUCACUUCGACCUCGUUCAAAUCCUCUGUUCUUCGUUUAUCAUCAUCUUCAUCGCCACCAUUUACUUCUCCUCCAAGCCUCGCACCAUCUUCCUCGUCGAUUACGCCUGCUUCAAGCCUCCGGUGACAUGUCGCGUCCCCUUCUCAACCUUCAUGGAACAUUCCAGGCUCAACCUCAAGGACAGUCCCAAGAGCGUCGAGUUUCAGAUGAGGAUUCUCGAACGUUCCGGCCUCGGCGAAGAGACGUGUCUCCCUCCGGCGAUUCAUUAUAUCCCUCCCAAGCCAACCAUGGAAGCCGCCAGAGACGAGGCCGAGCUAGUGAUAUUCUCCGCCAUGGACUCGCUAUUCGAGAAAACCGGGCUGAAACCUAAGGACAUCGAUAUUCUGAUCGUGAAUUGCAGUCUAUUCUCGCCGACGCCGUCGUUGUCGGCAAUGGUGAUUAACAAGUACAAGCUGAGGAGUAAUAUCAAGAGCUUCAAUUUAUCCGGGAUGGGUUGUAGCGCCGGGUUGAUCUCCAUCGACUUGGCUCGUGACCUUCUUCAGGUGCAUCCGAACUCGAACGCCGUCGUGGUGAGCACGGAGAUUAUUACUCCGAACUAUUAUCAGGGAAACGAGAGAGCCAUGCUUUUGCCGAACUGCUUGUUCAGAAUGGGCGGGGCGGCGAUACUGCUGUCGAACCGGAGGUCGGAGCGCCGGCGAGCCAAGUACAGACUGGUCCACGUGGUUCGAACCCACAAGGGAGCCGAUGAUAAGGCCUUCAGGUGUGUGUAUGAAGAGGAAGAUAAAGAAGGGAAGGUGGGGAUUUCACUGUCCAAGGACCUCAUGGCCAUUGCAGGUGAAGCUCUAAAAUCGAACAUCACAACCAUGGGACCUCUGGUUCUGCCAGCUUCCGAGCAGCUUCUCUUUCUUCUGACACUGAUCGGCCGGAAAAUCUUCAACCCCAAGUGGAAGCCAUACAUCCCCGACUUCAAGCAAGCCUUCGAGCACUUCUGCAUCCACGCCGGCGGCCGCGCCGUGAUCGACGAGCUGCAGAAGAACCUCCAGCUGUCGGCGGAGCACGUAGAGGCGUCCAGGAUGGCUCUGCACCGCUUCGGCAACACGUCAUCGUCGUCGCUCUGGUACGAGCUGAACUACAUCGAGUCCAAAGGGAGGAUGAAGAAAGGUGACAGAGUGUGGCAGAUCGCCUUCGGAAGUGGGUUUAAGUGUAACAGUGCUGUGUGGAAGUGCAACAAAAGCAUCAAGACGCCCAUUGAUGGACCUUGGGCUGAUUGUAUCGAUCGCUACCCUGUUCAUAUACCUGAGGUCGUCAAGCUCUGAGAAGAAGACGACGACGACGACAAGGUUCAGCUACUUAGAUGACAGUGCUCUGCUUUUAAUUAAUAUUUAUAGAUUAUAUCUAUCCUUUCCGUUUUGAUUUUCUUUUUUUGUUAAAGAUAAAAAAGGGAUUUCUUCGUGAAUUUGCAGUGAAAAUCCCUGUUGAGGUUCCUAUUUAUUUUUAUGUAUCAUGCAAUUAGGGGCAAAACAAGAAGGUUAAGUCCCUACUUGUAUUUUCGAAUGCUUUUGAAGCUUGUACUUAUAUAUAUCACUUGAAAAAAAGACAAUGUGUUUGAAUA